AUGAGAAAGAGGUUCAAAGUGUGGGUAUACAGAGAAGGAGACGAUCCCAUCUUCCAUAACGGACCCAUGAAAGACAUCUACUCCAUCGAAGGCCAAGUGAUUGAUGAGCUUGAUACCAGUGGGAAAAGCCCUUAUUCAGCUCAUAGUCCCGACGAGGCCUCUGUUUUCUUCCUCCCUUUUAGUGUCACCAAAGCUGUUCUGUAUCUUUACCCUAUCCCUCGUGCUCACUACCAGCGCUAUCACCUCCAGAAUGUGGUCACCGAUUACAUUUCCAUAAUUUCUCACAAGUAUCCGUACUGGAACAGAAGCAGGGGAGCUGAUCAUUUCUUCAUAGGCUGCCAUGAUUGGGGACCAGAUGUUUCAGCAGCAAGCCCUCUACUAUACAGAAACGUAAUUAGGGUCCUCUGCAAUGCCAACACUUCAGAAGGAUUUAAUCCAACAAGAGAUGCCACAUUGCCAGAAAUCAAAAUUCAAGUAGAAUCUCUGGAGAUACCUUCCCUUGGACAAAGCCCUGGCAACCGUUCCAUCUUUGCUUUCUUUGCUGGUGGCAAUCACGGAGACGUAAGAUCCUUACUCUUUGAAUCCUGGUACAACAAGAAAGAUACAGAUAUCCAAGUUCACAGUUACCUUCCUGAAAAUUUGAACUACUAUGACUUGAUGGGCCGUGCAAAAUUUUGCUUGUGCCCCAGUGGAUGGGAAGUAGCAAGCCCCAGAGUGAUCGAGUCUAUAUAUGCAGGUUGUGUUCCUGUAAUUAUUUCUGAUAACUAUGUCUUGCCAUUUAGUGAUGUUCUUGAUUGGACAAGAUUCUCUAUUCAUAUUCCGGUGGCUGAUAUACCUCAUAUAAAAACAAUCCUGAAAAAAGUUUCAUAUAAUGACUACUUGCAAAAACAGAAGCUACUGAAGGAUGUACAGCGUCAUUUUACAAUCCACAGACCGGCUCAACCAUUUGAUUUACUGGACAUGGUUUUCCAUUCCAUCUGGCUACGCAGGCUGAAUUUAAAAAUAUUAGGAACUUGA